AUGUCUCUCACCACUACAAUGGAAGAAUACCUGGCCAUGAACCCAUUAGAAUCUCUUUUGGAAAAUUUCCGUGCUUUAUACGCUGCUUUUUUCAAAACAUCUUGCGAUACAAUGUUUGGGGAACCCAGGAACUCAAACACUUGCCGAAACCCUGUCAAAAAUCUGAUAAAUUCUUUGAAGUACUAUCUCAUCGAAGGAGAUUUGAUUGAUUCAGAUAUCAAUAAUGUUGAGUCACAUCUCACUAGAAUAAGUAAAUGGAUGAAGUCAACACCAUUUGAAUUGGCACCCUUUGUACCUCUUGCUACGCUAAUUUUAAAUUACGCUACUGACAAAGAGAUAUGGCUAUCACUUUUGGAGCUUAUUGACACGCUUGAGAAGAUAAUUGAAACCCAGGAACAAAAACUAGACAACCCAGGAGCCAUCUCCAUGUUUAGGAGGACCGGGAUAACACGCGAAUGGACGGAACAAACCAUGCUUCAUCUGAAAAUGAUGCUUCGUAGAGAGCUGUACGGAUCUGUUUUCAUAAACGUUUAUGGUUUUUGCAGUAAAUACUUCCCUCAAAAAUCAUGGACAAACAACUGUAUCGAACUGGCCAAGGAAUAUGUGAAGCGCUCCGGGGAAGACGAUCUGAAAUUUCCGACAGAUCUAGACGAAAUUCUGGUUUGGGAAUGGAUGAAGAAUGUGGAAAACAAAAUUUUUCAUUCGUCUAAAGAAUCUUCCGAAACCUCGACAGAAUCAUCUAACUCUCUGCCGGCUCAGUCUGUACCUCUUUUGAAAGGCACUCAACAUCGUAUGAAACAAGCAGGCAAGAUUGAUGGCGCACAAUCAGAGAGACAAGUUGAUUACUACAUCACGCGGCGAGUUCUUUCGACUUCAUCUCAUGACUGGCGCGAUAUUCUCGUGAUUGGAGAGUUAACAAAGUCUACAACAGAUGAGUUUAUGAAAAAGUUUCUGCAGCUCUCUGCGCUAAUGCGGGAGUUAUUUUUCGCACAGCCACUUCGACAGUUUGUGCACGGGUUUAUCCUCUUUGGCAAGUCUCUUCUACUCUGGGUAUACGAUCGGUCAGGGCCGUACUGUAGCUCAUUGAUCGACAUUGGCCAAUCACCGCAGACGCUCGUGUAUGUGAUGGCAGCUUAUAUGUCAAUGAGCGAUGCAGAACUUGGACUUGACCCAAACAUUAAGUACGAAGCCCAUCAAAUUACGGUAACACUAGAUAUUCCCGGGCAGGAGAAGACGCGCGAGUUCAGACUUUUUCCAGAGCCAGUCGCACAGCCGACGACCCUUGUGACUAGGGGAACCAGCUGUUACCGGGAUCUAGAUGGUGGCUGUAUAGUCAAGUUCUCUUGGAGAAUGUGCGGGGAUGACUCGGAGGCAAAGCUGCUCGGACUUGCGAAAGACGUGGAUGGCAUGGUGAAACUUGUGGGAUCGCGCGAUUCUGUAAAAAUUAGCCAACUUCGAGAAGGACUGAUAUUCACACAGGCAAUGGUGAAAGAUACGCGUCCAAAUGACAAAGCCAUGGCCACUCCACUCGAAUUCACAGAAGGUUUUAUGCCAGAUCGAAAGAAAAGCACCAGCAUGACCACGAAGCGGAAGCGAAGGGGCGAGGUGAACGAAGCCGGAAGUGAAUAUGGACGGUCGAGUAAAAGGGCAAGAUCAUCAGCUGGAUCAUCAGUCAUCACAGAAAGUGCUACGGAAAAUAGGGCAUCUGCAUCGUUAAAUGUCAUCACUGAAGAAGAUUUGUCUCGUGUUCUAAGAGAUGAAAGCACCAACAUUGCCAAAAUCUUUAUCGGAGGAGACAGGCAGUCUACUGGGGAGAAACGGAACAAAGCGGACAAUGGAACAACCAUCAACAAUUCCGGCACCAGCAACCUUCCUGAAAUGGAAAAAGUUAUUGGAAUCUCGCCCUUCAUUUUCGGAAGUGACCAUCUGAAUGUUACACAUGAUAUUAUCGGGCCCGAAUUCAAAGUCAAAGUCAAGGUUGUAGAGAUCCGAGAUAGACAGUCCUCGGCAGUUGCGACAACGCCAUUUGGACGACCGAUCCACAAUGUUGAAUCGCCAAUUGAACUGGUCAUCGGAUUGCGUGAUGCGAUCAAGGCGCACAGGUCACUACUCAAAGAUGCCACGAUAUUGCACCGAGAUAUCUCGGAAAAUAACAUUAUUUUGACUGGCUCCGAUGUUGGAAAGGACUGGAGGGGAUUCUUGAUCGAUCUAGACCUGGCUGUAUUGCUAUCAGAUUACAAAGAUCAGAGAAAGACUCAAACCAUGACCGGGACUAUGGAGUUUAUGGCACUAGAACUUCUCAGUGGUAGUUGUGAAAAAACAGGCUCCAAAGUCAAUCAUUCGUAUCGCCAUGACUUGGAGUCGUUCUUUUAUGUCCUCUUAUGGUUAAGCAUGAGUCGCGGAUGGGAUAAGGGCAAAGAACAGAACCAAGAUUACCUUUCGAAAUGGUUCACAGGGACCGCCAAAGAGAUCUUUGAAUUUAAGAAAGCUCAAAUGACAAAACCAAUUUUCGAAGAAGGUGUAUUGAGCAAGUUUUUGCCGAAGUUUUAUGGAUUGAGGACACUGGCAAAGGAGUUUUGGAGGAUGAUAUUCCUUACGAAUGGAACAUUUUUUACUGGUUCUUACAAGGAUAAUAACGCGUUGUAUAACUCUACAAUCGCGGCAUUUGACAGGGCAAUUCAGAGGAUGACAGUGUAA